AAGUCGUAUUGCACUCAGACCUACACAAAUCUGAUAUCAAGAGAUGGAGAGAAACCAAGAGACGACACAGGAACCACAUGGUGUGCCUUCCACCUCGGAUGGCGUAGUCAGACCCAAACCCAAACUAUCCGCUGCUCAGAGAGCCAAGGUGGAGAGAAACCGACAGAGGGCGCUGUUACUGAAGCAAGCUCGAUUGUCAGCGAGGCCCUAUCCCGAGGGAAGAGGAAGUAAAAGCACUGGUAACGCAGAGAUGUUGCUGAAGACUGGACGAGUGGUAGACACAGGGGCAGGGUUUCUUCUCGAGGAAGGAGAUGGAGACCCUCUAGACAUGGUACUUAUGCCUAAGGAACCAGGACCAAUCCUCGGCGGUGACCCACUGCGCUGCCAGGAAUGUGGGCGGGGCUUCCAAGAUUCUUACCUUUCCAAACAUUUUGAGCUGUCAGUUUGCGAUGAGUGCAGAGAUAAUGACGAGAAGCAUGUCUUGAUUACCAAGACGGAUGCAAGGAACGAGUUUCUCCUGAAGGAUGAAGAUUUUGAGAAGAGAGAGCCCCCUCUCAAGUUUAUCACCAGGAAGAAUCCACACAAUGUCAGAUGGGGAGAAAUGAAGCUCUUUCUUAGACUUCAUGUGGAGGAGAGAGCCUUAGAGGUGUGGGGUGACCCUGAAACAAUGGAAGAGGCCAGGGAACAGAGAGAGGUCAACAAACAGAAACAAAAACAGAAGAAAUUCAACAAGAAAGUCAAAGACCUUAGACGAGCAGUGCGAACGAGCAUGUGGACCAAAGACCUGAGCGUUCAUCAGCACACGUACGGCGAAGAAACGUUUGAUGAGGAGACGGACAUGUACAGCAAAAAAUGCUCAGGAUGUGAACAGGUUGUAAGCUAUGAAAAAAUGUGAACCGGUCUAGAGAAAGUUAAUGUGCAAUGCAAGUACUAUGCUUGUUGAAUUGAUGUUUAUCCCAACAAAUUUAUGAGGUGCACGAGAAUGUCAACAUCGGUCAUUAUAGCCUUGAUAUAAGGCUAGUUGAAUCGAUGUUCUUCCCAAGUAAUAUAUGAGGUGCUCGAAAAUGUCAAUAUCAGUUGUUAUAUCCUUGAUAUAAGGCUAGUUGAAUCAAUGUUUAUCUCAGGUAGUUGUGAGGCGCUCAAGAAUAUCAAUAUCAGUCGUUAUAGCCUUGUUAUAAGGCUUGUUGAAUUGAUGUUCAUCCCUAGUAAUUUAUAAGGUGCUCAAGAGUGUCAAUAUCAGUCGUUAUAUCCUUGAUAUAAGGAUUUUUCAUAAAAAUUGUCAAUAUCUGUCAUUAUAGCCGUGUUUUAAGGCUUUUGAAUUGGUGUUUAUCCCAAGUAAUUUAUGAGGUGCUCGAGAGUGUCAACAUCAGUCAUCAUAGUCUUGAUAUAAGGCUAGUUGAAUCGAUGUUCUUCCUAAGUAAUUUAUGAGGUGCUCGAGAAUGUCAAUAUCAGUCAUCCCAAUUAAUUAAUGACCAUGAUAGUUAGGAUACCACAUUGCAGUAAGUGAAUGAAAAUGUUUAACACCCAUCAACUCCAAGUGAGGGGAGGACCAAGUUGCGAACACACACUUAUCGUAUAAUCUGGAGUACUCACAUUUUACCCCGAUAUGUGCAGUGAUGAUCUAAAAAUAUAACAGCCUCUCUUAAUGAAUCAAAACAGUUUAUAAAAUAUAUUGAAGUCCUGGCAACUUCUUCGGUUAAGCAACCACAUAAGGGUGCUGUAGAAAUUUGAGGAUUGGAUUGGAUUGGAUUGGAGUAGAUUUCUGCUACUUACAUAAAUAGAUGACCAUUGAUAGUCGUAUUAGAUUUUUCGUAAUUUUUUAUCUUCCCUACUUGAUGAUGUCGCCUCUGACAACUUCAGACAAUUCAAAAUUUCAACAUGAUUUAAACAAAAUCCUACAAGUACGAGAAUGAUCACUUAGUGAUUUAGUGAGUUGGGUUAGACAUCAUUUACAUAAACCAGAAAUGAGAUUUAGUGAUAUCGGCUACAAUUUUGGAUGAAAGGAGUGGAGGUUUUUUCGUUGCAACCUGCUCGAUGAUAUGGGUUGGGGUUUUGAAAAAUCAGCAAAACCUAGAGCUGGUGCAGUUGUGAGCAUCUUCUUCAAUGCCAGGAAACCAUCCUCACACCUCUCUGUCUGCUUUUGGUGAAAGGGCUCAAGCUGUGCUCUACUUACCUUGGAGCGGUCAGCUGGUGUACUGGAAGAUUUCCUAGGCAUUGACAAUCCUACCAGCAGAUCAUUCAGUGGUCUGCAAAGCCUGCGGUAGGUAAUAACCGCAAAAUCCCAACCACUUAGUGAUGUUGCAAAUUCCACUGGCUUCUGCAGCGGAGCGAUGCUUCAUGGACUUGACGUGUGAUUGAAUGUCAUUCGCUCCUCCAUGCUGAUGGACAUUGUUUGGUCUUUGACAUUCCAGGACAUCCUUGAUCUUUGAUGGGAAUGGGUGAAUCCCCUCACCACUUAUCUCGUGCCCAAGACGGGUGUCCUUACUAGUUUUGAGGAUUAUCUAGGGCUCUUUCUUAGUUCAUUGCCUCCCAGGCCUCUAUUAUUUCUUUCCUUCGGGCAAGGUUCCUAUUCUUUUUCUCCUCAUUCGGUGGGUUUUUACACUCCUUCUCAUAAUGGUCGAACUCACCGCACUUGUAACACACCAGUACUCUAACUGGACAUUUAUCGGUGGGUUUGGGACGGCCAGGGUCAGGGGAAUGGGACUUUUUUGACCUAUUCUUAUUAUUACCUGUAUAAUUCCCUUUCUUUGGUUCAGGGGAAAAUGGGCUAGAUUGCCCAUAUAGACUAAAGGUAUCUAGCUGUUGACUAUAGCUUCUUGCCGGUUGCUUGGGGUUGGGGUUCGUUUUAUAUUGGGCAAUUUUGGCAUCUCUUGUCGCCUCAGCCUCUCUUAUUACACUUAUCAAUUUUGGAUUUUUACCGAAUUAAUUUUGUUGCAAAAUGACUUUGUACCAAAUUUUGAGGGAGAAGUAGAUCAGACCAAACUUGAGAAAGAAAUAAGGCACUUCCUAUCUAGAUUGGCAGAUGCGGAUAGACAUCUCAAGAUUAUCCUACGCAAGCCCAAAUCCAUGAGUAUUUCGGAUGGCAUCUACGAGCAUGCUAACAAAUCCCUGCUCACUUGAACAUGUUCGCGGCAGAUAUACAACUCAAAAGAGCAUGUAGAGGCCCGUGGCAGCUUCUGAUCCAUAAAUUUCAAACUUGGUUUGGUGCCGAACCCUGCAAGUGGGAUCUGACUUGCACCAGUGAAGAAGAAGAGAAACUCUUGAAGGGUCAUCCCGCGGAUACUGUCAUCUACAUCUUUAACUGCAACAUCUACCACUCCACUUUUUGUGCUGACCCGCCGAUUUAUGUGGCACCUGCUUCACCAUUGUACUUCUCGACGAACUCACGUAAAUUGGCAAGCAUCCCUUCUCCUGAGGAUUCCCCUUAUUGUUCCUUGAACAUCUUGCGAUAUAGUCUAUAAACAAGUAAAAUCACAUGCAUGAUUCGAUAAGUGUACAAUAAUUACAAAUUAUUAAUAUACAAGCUCACUGCAGACUCCGAUAAAAAUCAUAGCAUUACCAUUUCCCGAACAAUUUUUCCACCGAUCUUACCAUGCAACAUUCUUUCCACUACUUUAAACAACUAGAACCAGGCAGGCGAUGAUUUCACGAUGCUCCGACUGUUCAUUGAUACCAGUCAUGGCAGCCAUCUCCUUAGCAACGUCGUGAAAUGUCUCCCAGUCCACUUCCCUUGCUUCAUGGGCACCUUUCCAGAAAAUAGCCGAAGAGCCAUCCUCUCCCAACUCAGAACAGCUUAGAAACCUUCUUUGAGAUGCUGUCAGAUUCUCCUUCGUUUCUUCCAGCCCUCCUUUUCUAAUGGCCUCGUUUAGUUCAUAGUUCAGCUUUGCCAGCUCUGUGUUUUCCCCCCUAAGGACUGCCAUCUGCCAUUCCACCUUUUGUGCUGACCUGCUGAUUUUCGUGGCGCGUUUUGUAAUGUCCUCAAGUGACGCUUUCGUUGAUAUUUCACCAAACGUGAUCCUGUAACACUGUCCAGUGAUACAUAAUGAGCUUGUCAUGAUUUCUGUAAGUGAAAGAUCCAUGUCCCUUAAAGCUCUAUAUUGGCCUUGUUUAAUUCAUAGUUCUCCUUUGCCAGCUCUGUGUUUUUCUCCCUUGGACUGCCAUCUGCCAUUCCACUUUUUGUGAAGACUCUGUAUUUUUGUCGUCUUGGAUGUCUUGUAGUCUUAGGGGUGAUCCGUUGGAAUGAUGGGUGUAUCUGGAAAGAGACGGUCACCUGAAGCCUUUUGUCUAUAAGCAACGUAGCACAACGUGGCUUUGGGGAGGGCAACAUCAGAGUAGGAUGCAUGUCGAAGCCUUUGUAUCUCGACAUACGGGAUGUAUGUGAUGCAGAUGGGUUUACAUUGUGAUUUCCUUUCUUGAGAUGGCUCCGCUUUGCGUUUCUUGAGUGUUGCGGGGUAAGGCUUUCCGUAUUUUUCUCUUUUUUUAUAAGCCACCAAAUCUAAAUUAGUUUCAGUCCAGGGUAAUACUUCUUGGGUCCUUUAACGGUGAAAAGUUUUGUCAACUCUCGUGGGAUCCCUGAGGGUGCACUUCGGGAAAAUAGGGGACAGGUUUGACGCCAAAUCAAAGAAUGUAUAUAAUCUUUGUGCCAAUUCAAAUUUACCACAAAAAUUUAGAUGUAAGCCAUCAAAAGCAUAUAAAUAGUCAUCCCUGACAAACAAAUCAGAAGCACUAAAAAUUCUGCAGGACCAGCUCUUGGCGAGUUUCGAUAGUUCACGAUUGUAGUAUAACGAUUGUUCAUAUUGUAACACGCAGAUCACACACGGAAACUGGUAGAAAAGACUCAUCACACCAUUCUUUGUGUUGCGGUUCGUUUUAUUUCAGGUGCAAAAUAAACCCUAGCUGGCAAUCUGGCCUAGAGGACUGUUUCCUCUCAUUGUACCCGCUUCUUACAUCUUGAUUGUCAAUACCUAUUAAUGUACAAAGUAACACCAAAAGCUUGCAGAGUCGACCUCCCUGCCUGCCCCAUGGAUGAGGGUGCAGUGCAGGAGUGAAUCUGACAAAUACCUACAAGAUAUAUACAAUAUAAUCGUUCACACAGUCAUUACACACGCCAAGUUCAUCACAUAUACAAACAAUUCAAUCAUACACAGUCAAAGUAAUCACACUCAUUCUAUCACUACACAUAAGAGUCUGCACUAAGUUGCUUAAUUACAUUACCUGGUUGGAGAAAUAAAUAUAAACUGAUUGCAAUGCUUUUCUUUGUUUCUCAUUAGAAUGUGAUUUGCCUUCAUGCAAUUGAUAAUUAAGCUCACUUACCACACACGACGACAGGGUAAGCCUGGUGUUUCUGACAAGUUUCUUUUUGGACUCUUUCCCAAUGGCUCUCGAUGAUUGCUGGGAUUAUGUAAUUAGCCUGCUGCUGCUGAAAAGUCGAUUUUGACAUGGAAUUCAUCCUGGCAAAUGUCGCUAGUCUGUGCACCUUGUCGGAGUUGUUCCCAGACAGGUGAAGCGCGGAUACGCUCAGGAUGUCUCCCACAUAUACAAACAAUGCAAUCAUAUCACAAGCAUCAACAACAUAUCACAGGAUACAUAGAUACACAGUCAAAGCAAUCAUGCUCAUUCUAUCACUACACCUAAGAGUCUUCGUUGCCGUUCACUUUACACAUAAAACAAAACUCCCCAUUUAAGAUUUGUUGUUGUUGACGGUUCACGCAUUAAGGAUGGAAUCAAUUUGUAUUGCAUUUAUCUCACUCAAUUUUUCUCUACUAACUUAUAUAACUUGUCACAGGUUUUAGGGUGUAGUUUGAUAAAUAGUUAUUACAAACAUACGCAAAUACUGAAAUCUUUUACCUUAAUCGUGAGUAUGUCAGUUCAUAAACCCUGUAAUUGAUUAAAAUUGCAAACGACAUGAAUGGGAAUUUCAGUUCUACAGCUAAGCUAUUCAGGUUGUGGAACAACUCACCCCCCCCCCCUCGAUCUCUCUCUAUCUUUAUAAUGAAGGGAAAAAAUAACCCAUCAGCCCCUCCAGGUGGGGAGACCCUAUGAGAGUUUGUGCCAGAAACCUAAGGCAAGCUACCUGCUGAAGUACCCGGGGUUCCCCGGGAAAGUGCUUGCCUUGGCAGAGGCGCAACGCUACCGGCAUAUGCCCGUACACUUACUGCCUGAGCUUGACACUAGGGCGUGUCCCGCACAUAACACAUGCCCCCCGCCCCUUAUGUUUUUUAGCAGGUCCACUGACCGACCCGCUCAAUGGCUGCUUCCCUUGGCCAGACUGGUUCCUAGCAUUCUGGCUCGGCUGGCGCUCUACUGCACCAGCGUCCUGACAGGGAGACCCUUCCUCCCGAGAGGUUAUUCCCGGAAGACUGCUCCCCGCCUCGGGAACCUUGUGCUCUUGCGCCUCCCAGAGAUGCCCCGGGACAGCUGAAGAGGGUAACCCAGCACCAGGAGAAGAAUCCCUGGUGUCUAUGGUUUCCUCCUCGCGCGCCCCCAGAUCCGUCUGGAUGCCGGGGGGAACAACCACAGCAGGUUCCAGGCAUAUAGUGCCCUGAUCCGCCGUUAGAUUCUCUACCCCUGACCCUGGGAACUGUAUUCCCUGGGCAACAUAGAAGCCUUCCCCCAGAGGGGUGACAGUUGAGCCGGGCCGUGAUGAAAGCGUUGGCUCUCAACCAUACCCGGCUCCCACCAAGGAGUAUUGGGGUCAAAGUACUGAAGUACCUACCGGUUUGUGUCCCUACAGACAUGAAGCGAGGAACUGCAGGUUCUGCUGGUGGCAGAUCCGCGGGUUCCUCCAGUGACGGCGGUCCUUCCAUUGGCAGGUCCGUCAUCACGACCCCAGUACUUCGUGAACCAGGAGAACCGCUGCAUCCUGGAAAGGAUCAGGGCCCUCUUGCUUCACGCUUUCUUCUUUCGCAGCAUGAUCCGUUACAUCUAUUGCAACUGGUUCAUUCUGCAUCUGAUCGCUCACUGACUCCAAUGAAUCCAUCCUGUAGACCUAAAAAACCUCGAGUGAGUGUAGAUCUCAUUUUGGAAAUAUUCCCCUAGACCUACAUGUAUAUGAACAGAAAUAAAAGACUUGAACCGUAAUUACAUGAAUUCAGAAGAGCUUGAUCCGGAACAGACCUGUUCAUCCUUCGGCCAGCGUCUAAUGAUCGAACCUAUGGAACGCCGUAUAACACAGUAGAACCUUAAUAGGGAAUAUAAUGCUGUAAUAGGGCGUUUUAACCCCAUAAUCAUAGCCGCAUAAGGGCGUAAUAAUGCCAUAAUAGGGUGUUAUAACCCCGUAAAAAAAAAAAAAAUUGGCGGAAAUCAGCCAGCGUAGAUUUACAGUACAUCUUUGUUUCGCAUGCAAGGUGAUAGCAACAUAUACAUCUUCAAUGGCAAAGACAUUGUUAAAUCUCUCGCUCACAGAAAUCUGUAAGGAAACGAACCACUUAGUCCACAGAAAACCAUCUGCAGUCAUCCAAUCCUUUAUUGUCUGAAGCCCUCGCCGUAUGGCUGCCUUUGAUUCUGUGUCGACAAUAAACUCUCUGACGACAGAAUAGCCCACAUUAGUCUUUAUAGCCAAGAAAAAUAUUGGCAGGGCAUACGGAGUCCAUGGAACACCAUCUUUAAUCAUCCAAUCCUUGAUAGUUUGUAGCCCUUGCCGUAUGGCUGCCUUUGAUUCAGUGUCGACAAUAAACUCUCUGACGACAGAAUAGCCCACAUUAGUCCUUACAGCCAAGAAAAAUAUUGGCAGGGCAUACUUUGUAGUUCUAUAUGUUGUAAAUAUGUUGAUAAUUUUCAAUAAAAUUUUAGCUUGCUAAUGAGAGUACCGGUAGAAUGAAUGCUGUUUGAAACUAGCUAAAUACAGUCAGUUAUUGCAAGAUACCUGCAGAUUUAAGUGAUCUGAAAUUAAUUGAAUUAUAUAUAUUUGAAACUUAGGAAAAAUAAGCCUUACGAAUGAAAUGAUCAAUUCUUUAAUGUCUAAUUAAUCAGUGAUCAUGCACAAUAUGAAAAAUAUAUGUACAGAAAUAAUACAAGUACAUGUACACGAUUACUGAUAUGGCUUCAGCUGUGUCACAAGGCUACUGAUCCUAAGGUAACAUCCAGAAGGUUGAGAGAAAAUAGCAUUUUCUUCAUGGUCUCACGUUAUUAUAAUGUGGCCACAAUGUGAUUUGAAUCCACUUUUUUGACGAAAGAUGUCAAAAGAUACCUACAAUUAAUGAGAAAAUAAAUAAAGUUUAAAAAAAUGAAUGGUUGAAAUACAAGUACAUGUACACGAUUACCGAUAUGGCUUCAGCUGUGUCACAAGGCUGCUGAUCCUAAGGGAACAUCCAGAAGGUUGAGAGAAAAUAGCAUUUUCUUCAUGGUCUCACGUUAUUAUAAUGUGGCCACAAUGUGAUUUGAAUCCACUUUUUUGACGAAAGAUGUCAAAAGAUACCUACAAUUAAUGAGAAAAUAAAUAAAGUUUUAAAAGAUGAAUGGUUGAAUAGCAGCGUUGUCAGAGUCUGCCUGUCAUGUUUUUCCGCAACUGAAGCUACUUGUGUCGUGGAUUUUGCGUGGGACUUCUGGAGGUGCUUUUCUUCGAACGACACAGCUACAUUUAGUUUUUCCUGGAGUAUCUCAUCAGGAAUUGCAGAUUGUAGAGAAGUCUUAAGGUCAUGUCGGAUGUUGUCAUUCGUUAGUCCUGUUAUCACUGCAUGCAGGAACAUGUCCUGCACCAGGGUCAUAUUUCAGCCCAUGCGAAGCCUGCCCUGAAGCGAGAAUGAUUCGCUGUCUUAAAUCCAGGACCUUUACCCUGGACUAGCUAAGCAGCACCUCUUCAACACAUACGACUCGAUACCUACCACUGCAUGCAAUAAUGAUAAUGUCUCUUUUGUUCUCUCCACUUGAAAAAUUAUAACAUCACAAAAGUUAUAUACCUGUGGCACUAGGGUACAUCCCUUGGAUCUGUGACCCACAACAGCUUGGGAUAACCCGUCUGUUACCUUGCCCUAGGCGUCCAUAUUGCCAGAAGAUAAAACAUCUGUAUGCUGCAUGGUGCAUUGAUCGAUUUUCCUCUCCUGGCUCUUGUGGCUCCUCUUCUAAAUUGUAUGCGUCAUUCCACAUGGCUCGUUGGAUCGGAAGGGCCACUUCGACGAUGAGCUGGAAGAUCUACAUGAACUGGGUUCUACUUGACAAGGACCACAGGUACACCUGCAAAAAGAUAUAUAGACCACCUACAUAUUACCAACGAGUACAUAUAAGAUGUUGCACACACACACACACACACAAAGUUCAAAUUAUUAAAGACAUAAAAAGAUAGACUUCCACGAUUUAGUUACAAAACUGUAUACUUGUGGUAGUCUACCAACACAUCGAGAUUAGUAAUAGUAUAAUCUUCCAGAAGACCAGAACAUCCUAAAAUGCUCUAAAAUAACUAAAUAAAGAUAUUAAAAUGAUCAAAUAUACCUUCUAGAUGCAGAAUAACUAUUCUAAGGUCAACAUUGAAGCUCAUUUGUUUGAAUUUUAGGUGCUUUUUUUAGGACAAUGCAAUCCUUUUUCUAACCGUAUACAAGUAUGAAAUACAACACAAUAAUGAAUGUAACGCACUUUAAAUAGUCAUGAUUUUUACUCUCUAUCAUGAGGCUCCAUCAAUGCACCUGUUAUAAUGAGUCCACGGAACACCAUCUGUAAUCAUCCAAUCCUUUAUUGUCUGAAGCCCUCGCCGUAUGGCUGUCUUUGAUUCUCUUAUCAACUAUAAACUCUCCAACGACAGAACAGCCCACAUUAGUCUACACAGCCAAGAAAAAUAUUGGCAGGGUAUACUUUGUGGUUUUAUAUGUUGCAUCCAGGAAACAUGUAUUUCCAUAUCUAUUGAGGGAAAAACACGCAAUUGAAGCGUCCAUGGUAUGGGGUAGUUCUGGUCUUCUUAAUCCCCAUUUUCUGUCAAAGGGUCUGGACAGCCUGGGCCUCAAACUGACGUCCUUGGUCAAUGUGAAGGCUUUCAGGGAUCCCGUACGAUUGGGGAUGGUAUGGGGUAGUUCUUGUCUUCUUAAUCCCCAUUUUCUGUCAAAGGGUCUGGACAACCUGGGCCUCAAACUGACGUCCUUGGUCAGUGUGAAGGGUUUCAGGGAUCCCGUCCGAUUGGGGAUGGUAUGGGGUAGUUCUGGUCUUCUUUAUCCCUAUUUUCUGGCAAAGGGUCUGGACAACCUGGGCCUCAAACUGACGUUCUUGGUCAGUGUGAAGGGUUUCAGGGAUCCCGUCUGAUUGGGGAUGGUAUGGGGUAGUUCUGGUCUUCUUAAUCCCUAUUUUCUGGCAAAGGGUCUGGACAACCUGGGCCUCAAACUGACAUCCUUGGUCAAUGUGAAGGCUUUCAGGGAUCCCGUACGAUUGGGGAUGGUAUGGGGUAGUUCUUGUCUUCUUAAUCCCCAUUUUCUGUCAAAGGGUCUGGACAACCUGGGCCUCAAACUGACGUCCUUGGUCAGUGUGAAGGCUUUCAGCGAUCCCACCACUGCCACCAGUGUAACACUCUGUAAAAAUAGAUAUUGGUAAAUCCUCAUAGCGUGGCUAAUAGGGCGAGUGUUAACUAGACGUACAGGUGACUCAAGACAAAUAAAUGAUAUAAAGUUCAGGAUGGUAUUUUAUUGAUGAUAAUACUGAUAGAUGACGUGGCUAAUAUAGCAACCACCCCUCUGUAUAUGUGUGUGCAGAAGUAGUACAACAUAAAAGAUCUCCACUCUGAGGCCUUCCAGUAUUUCCUUGUGUGAAGGCUUGCGAGGAGCUGUUGUAAUCUCACUCAGGGACAAAUGCUUAAAAGUUGUGCAUCAACACCAUGUAUCCUAUCAAUAAACCAAGCAUGCAAGUGGUUGCUACUAUCAAACCACAAGGUUACAAACUGUCUAACAACUCUUAGAAGAACACAAUGCAGGUAGUCAACAACAGCCACAAGUUAUGUUCAACUCUGGCAAAAGCACAAGCACGCUAGAGCCUUUGACUCCAUGCACUGGUCUUCCUUCCCCUACUCCAGGGCCUGACCUUUACUUUUUUUUUAGGGAGCCAGCUGGGCUCCUCAAGCACUUUUUCAGGGAGCCCGCAAGGGUUUCAGGGAGCCCAAGUUUAUCACGUUUUUUUGUGGUCAUAAUAAUGGUCAUUAACUAUUAAAAAAUUAAAACACA